GUCUUAUAAAUAAAGACUCCAAGCUUUUGUUUUCCUAAAAAUAAUUCCAAAUAUGUGUUUUCUUUCCACAUCAUCUUUGUUAUCAAUUCUAUGUAUUAUCCUACUAAUAUCUCUAUCCCAAGCCCAAGUUCCUCCCUCUUCCACAUUUAAGCAUGUCAACCAAGGUGAUUUUGGUGAUUAUAUUGUCGAGUAUGAUGGAAAUUAUCGUGCACUAGACAUAUUUUCUAGCCCUUUUCAACUAUGCUUCUAUAACACUACUCCAAAUGCUUACACCCUUUCUCUACGUAUGGGUUUGGUUCGGUCUGAAUCAGUUUUCCGAUGGGUUUGGGAGGCGAAUCGGGGAAACCCGGUGGGCGAGAACGCGACUUUCUCUCUCGGGAAAGAUGGCAACCUUGUAUUGGCCGAUGCCGAUGGGCGGAUGGCUUGGCAAAGCAACACAACCAACAAGGGUGUAGUAGGAUUCAAGUUGCUCCCUAAUGGUAACAUGGUACUCCAUGAUGAUAAAGUGAUAGUGAUGGAAACUGCGAAAAAGGCAUUACAGUUUCCGGGUUUGGAUGAAGAGAACAGUGCAGGGGUUAAAGGUGAAUUUUUUUUCUCUGACUAUUCCAUGCCUGAAGUUAUUGGAUAUGAUCGGCUGAAAAAGAUUAAGAAUCAAGCAAGAAUAUGGCUCGGAGAAGUUUUGCAGAUAAGAUUUGAUGAGCAGAUAGACAUCUCAGACUUACUUACAGACGGGGAGUUGCUGUUCCAAAUUCAUCACUAACUGCAGCAUCAGCAAGUUCUGAUAUUUACGGUGUUGCAGUUCUAGAUGCUUUGUUGGUUGAUCUCUAGCUAGAUACCUUUGUUGUAGUAAUUUUAUGUUUGUUGUAACAUGUUGGUUGAUCUAUGACGAAUUUAAUUGCCUUUUAUUGGGAACGUUAAUUACGUUGUAAACUAUUGUGACAGGUAUUAUUUAUAAAUGUAUUCCCGGUAUUGUGAAGCA